AUGGACGUGAUAGAAGUUGAGCGCCCGACGCCGGGCUUUGUGACGUCGCUGGCGUCCGGCGCGGCGGCGGGUCUGUCGGUGGACCUGCUCUUUUACCCGAUCGACACGAUCAAGACGCGUCUGCAGAGUGCGCAGGGCUUUUGGAGGAGCGGCGGCUUGCGUGGCGUGUACCGCGGCAUGGGCAGUGUGGCCGUAGGGAGUGCGCCGGGCGCGUCCAUCUUCUUCGUCACGUACGAGACGUGCAAGGAUCGCAUCGCGCGUCUGCUAUACCCCGAAUCGAGCGCAGCCGCGAUGGCGUCGGCGCCGUCCGUGCACAUGGCCGCCGGCACGCUGGGCGAGAUGGCCGCGUGCCUGGUGCGUGUGCCGACGGAUGUGGUCAAGUCGCGGCAGCAGACGUCGGCGUACGGGCGCAUUUCCUCGUACGCGGCGCUGCGGCAGGUCGUCGCGACAGAGGGCGUGCGUGGUCUGUAUCGUGGCUAUGGCAGCACCAUCUUCCGAGAGAUUCCGUUCACGUGUAUUCAAUUCCCCCUCUACGAGUACCUCAAGCGCCAGCUGGGCGAGCGCACAUGGUGGCAUGCGGCGGGCGCCGGCAGCAUAGCCGGUGCUGUCGCGGCGUGCUGCACGACGCCGCUCGAUGUGAUCAAGACCCGCAUCAUGCUGGCCAAAGUCUCGCCGACGCCCGGUGCGAGUACGCGCAUUGGGCCGACGCUCCUGCACCUCGUGCGGAACGAAGGCGUCGGUGCGCUCUUGGCUGGCGUGGUGCCACGCACGCUGUGGAUCGGUCUGGGCGGUGCGGUGUUCCUCGGCACGUUUGACGCGGCGGCGGGUGUGUUAGCGCCGCAGCUGGGCUAG